AAGGGAAUCGUCGUCGUCUCGUUCGCUAGCGGACAUGAUUCAAAAAGACGAAAAAAAGAACUCCCAUCAGCAGCAGCAGUGUUAAGUAAAAUGGUGCAACUUUAGACUUUAAAUUUCUCCGUGACGACGUGCUUUUUUCUGGUUAAGUCAAGUGGUCAAUCAAAGACAGUAAAUUGGUCGUGUGGUUGCGGAAGUGCUCGGUGCGGAUCGGAACUCGGAUUGAGUAUUUUCAGUGGAUUUUUACUUCGGCUCAGUGAUGGCAGUGGAAAGUUUUUCUCGACUCGCUUAAUGGCGUAGAAACAGAAAAUCGCGAAAAAGUGUGGAGGAUUUUUUUUAAUCAAAGAUUUUCCUUGGAUUUGGGAUUGGGAUAAUUUAGUGAGUGGGUUGAAUAACAUGGAAGACGUGCAAGUGAUAGACUGUCCUCCGACGCCGGAGAUUCUGCUGGGCUCGGCAACUCCGCCUUCGACGUCGCUGCUGGAUAUGCUGGAUAGUUCCUCAUCGGCGGAAGAGCUUGACAACUGUUCCGGAGAGGUCGGUGAUGGUCCGGCAGAAAGUGGCCGCAGUUCGCCUCCACCCAAGUGUGCCAUCUGUCUGGGCAAGUGCCGUCAAAAGUGCUACACGGAUUCGUGUCGUCAUCAGUUCUGCUAUCGUUGUCUGCUCGAGUGGAGCAAGAUCAAAGCCGAGUGUCCCCUGUGCAAGCAAGUGUUCCGGUCGAUUAUCUACAACAAGAAGACGUACGACCGCUACCAGGAGCAUUCAAUCUCGAUCGUUCCACCGGCAUCGUCACCAAAUUACUCCACUCAAGGAACCGGAUCUGCCGGGGGAGGAGCUGCUCGAACAGCCCCUCAAGUGUACCACAGAUUGGAUUUCACUUUGUCCCAGCCACCUCGCUUCACAUACAGUGCAACGCUCCGAGUCCAACCGAGUCAAAACGAACGACUACAGCAGCUGUUUCUGCAUCAGUCCGGUGAUGUCCAACGCUUUAGUCGGGAAUUCCCGGACGAUUCUAUUCCGUCGAGACAGAAUGGACCCGAGUGGAGACGUUACAUAUACCACAGGCGAAUACAUGCUAGAUCACUGCCCGAUAUCAAUGGAAGGAUGAGGGAAUGCAGCGCAGCUUUCUAUAGGGAAAACCCCGCCCAAAUCCAUCGUCUGAUGCCGUGGAUCAAUCGGGAGCUGGUAGCUCUUUGCCGCAACAAUCCCGCUCAGGUGUCAAUAAUAAUAGAGGACUUUCCUAACCUCCUGAUGACACACGACAUCACAUCGCCAGCAUUCCGUGAGCGAGUUUGCUACUGGGGCCGUGCUCGGACUGCCCACUUCAUCCACGAGCUGCUAAACUUUGCGCGCUCGCCGUACGAUAUAAUCGGAUACGACCGAUCCGUUCACUAUGAUCCUUACUACAACAACAACGUUGUGGUGCUUUCAUCCUCAUCGUCGUCGUCUUCCGGUUCCGGUAUGUCCGCUUCCGAAGGAGAAGACGAUGUUGUACGGGUAGUGGAACCAUCGCCAGGCCCCUCAGGGUCUUUGGAAACCGGAGGCGGCCCAAGUGGGAGUAGUAGACGAGGACGAACGCAAUUUACAAUCGAAACUAGAUCCUCGGAUCAGACUGUGAUUAUGACGGGAUCAUUUGGAGGAGCCGGAGUCAGUGGAAUCGUAUCGGUUUCCACUUCCGGAACGCAGCAGCAAAACGGGGCCGGAACCAGCACCAGCGGAUAUCCGGAUGUGUCGCGAAUGCAACCACUGACCUCGAUGGUACCUCAGCCACCAGUAAACCGUUUGGAGGACGGUGAAAACAUUUCACUCUCGUCCAGUGACAGUGACGACUGCCGGAUAGUUGGAUCGCUUAAACCGCCUCACCUCCGAACCCCGGAAAUGGUUAGUUUAGAAUCGGACAGCGACAGUGACGUUGUCUUUGUAAACGAACAAGCUAGCAGCGGACGAAACCAAACGAUGGUUAACAAUACCAUGCUGGAGCAACUUUUUCCGGAAAAUCUACUCACUCAAGAACUGGCCAAACUGGAGGAUCACGUUUUCGCUUCCGAGUACAACAACGGAGCGUCAACGUCUUCCGGUGGCGGCAGUGCUAGUGGCGGCAUGAAGAAGUACUAUGCUAAACCUCGGCUGAACCGUCCCGCUGACGGAAUCGGUCAUAAAAGUAUCUAUGAAUCCAGCGAGUCGGAGAAAAGCCAGGCGGAACCGAGCAUUCCGAGCGAUUCGGAGUCCUCCAGUCACGACGAGGUCAAGUUCAAUAUUCGCACUCAAGCUCCGGUUGGCAUUCGUAAGCGGAAAGCUACCAAACGUCGACAGGCCACUCCAUCCGGUAGCAGCAGUGAUGCGAGUUCCACUUCCGACUCGGAAAGCAGUCCAUCGUCCAGUGGCUGCAGCUCAAGCGCUAGUUCCAGUUCCGGAAGUGAAAGUGACAGCAACUUUAUCUCGGGCAGCUCCCCGAAAGCUACCCGGAAGCAUCCCCGGCGAUCGAAAGUUCACUCCUCCCGGAAAUCUUCCAAACGGCGUCGGAAAGAAGCGCAACCGAAACGUUCCAAAGCCAAAAAGCGUAAGAGCUCAUCUUCCAAGCACAGCAGCAGCAGCAGCAGAAAACGCCCCAAGCUCCAAAUUGCAAAACUACCCCCGAAAAGCUCAUCCGAGAGCGGCAAGGGUACGUCCGUGUCGUGCAAUUCUGGCCCUUCGGCGGAGGUCCUUCCCAGUGGAAGCAUUGCAUCCCUAAAACCCACCAGCACUUCAUCCAAAAAGCGCAAGGUGAGAAGCGCCGUCAUAAAACCGAAUACAGCCACAAAGACUGUCCGUCCCCAACAGGCGACCACAUCGAAAAAGCGUCGGAAAGCACCGAUCUGCUCGGAACUCAUCACUAGCACGGACUUUUCCAGCGAUGAAAACCAACCGGAACUGACCCAACAACCAACGUCUGCACCGGUUAACGUUCAGCAAGGAGAGUCUCUGGAUUCCAGCUCGGGUGAAUCGGGCUCGGGCACAUCAGACAGCUGCACGAUUGCCUCAUUGAUACGGGCAACGAAGGUGGAUGAGCGGCCGGAAAAACAGAAUACGUCUAGCAGUAGUUGUAGCAGUAGCAGCAGCACUAGCAACAGUAGUUGCAGUCUUGCAGGUGGCAAUUCGGAACCAUCGAGUCAGCCAGCAACCCAUCAUGAACCGGUGGAUGAAGAGGAAGACGAUGCAGAUGAGGAGGAGGAGGACGAGAAUAAUCAGUCGCUGGGGUCGACCGGCGGUGAGGAGAUGGAAGUGUCGGUGGCGCAGGUGAUCGCCGUUGGAGCCGAAGUGGAACUUUGAGAUUUACUAAGGACUGUGGAGUUUGACGAGUGGUGAUAGAGCAGGAGAGGAGAAUCGGCAGAGCUGCCCUAUCCCGAAGCCUACGGUGUGCGCCGGGCGGAAAUUGCAUCCCUCAAAGAUGGUACGAAUGGUACCUGUAAAUAUGGAUUAGAAUUAAAUCACUCUGUUCAUAAUUUAUAAGCCUUUUCACUCUAGCGUGUAAGCUCUAAAUGUUAAAUAGGACUAAAUCUACAGCAGCAAACAGCGCAGAAGCACACUUAAUGGUCGACAGAAAAAAAACCCCUGCCUUGGUUGGGGGA